AUGGAGGCCAAGCCGUCUUCGGCGGCACAUGGUGACGCGGCCGCGGUCGAGGCCCCCCGCCGCCAUGGCGGCGACGUGGGCCGCUCACCCGCGUCGCGCGCCACUCGCCGCACAAGCUCGCGGGCACUCCACUGGAGUCGGGGCCAACGUCAUCGUCGGCCGCAACUGUCAAUGCAGGCGUAUGAUGUCUACUCCAAGAGGGCGAGGGAGGUCUUGCUGGAAGCCUCUGAGAAGAUGAAGAUACAGGCAGACAAAGCACAGAAGGACCUCAGUGUGAUCGCCACCGAGGUUAGUCAGGAGGGACAGGAAUAUCUGGUGAUGGCAGCUCGGAACUCCCCAGACUCGAUCAAGGAUAUUACAACAACGUUCAGGGCUCUUGGAAGAUUGAAUUGGCCAUCAGAGUAUGAGGAUUAUCAUGUGGGCAUUCCGUUUGUUAUUCUUGCAUCGUCUUAUGUGGGUACCUUUCUUACCGUAGGGGGUUUCCUCAACUUCAUGUUGACUGGAAGUACCUAUGCUCUUCGUUUUGGUAUUGUUCUUGGCCUUGCAUUGUUGACUCUGGGAAUCUCAAGUUUGAGGUCACACAGAGAAAGCGACCGUCGGCCUCGUCUUCUGGUGAAAGGGCAAGCUGCAAUAGCUCUUGCCAUCUUGUUCAGUGAGUUUUCAGUUCUACUCCAGGUAAAUUUUCUGCACCCUAAACAUAUAUUUUUGAAUUCCUGCUCUCCGUGAUCCUAUUUGUCUAUUUGGUUUCCCUGACCUGAAGCAAAAUUCAGUGUGUUAUUCUUUUUGGCUGUUUCGUGACUAUGCUGUGUUGAAGAGCAAACUAUUACAAAGUUGUUAUUUAAUCUUGUUUUUGCAAAGCUUGUAUAUUCUCUUGUUUUAGAGAAAGAGAACAUAUUAAUUCAAUAUUGGUCUUUGUAGAUGUCUUGAAGGAGCUGUUACAUGCCUUUACCUCAUUAGCAAUGACAACGAAUUCUGUAAAUUCCACAAUUUUGGACACUGCUGCAACUCAGGGCCACAUUGACAUUGUUAAUCUUCUGCUAGAAAUAGAUACAAGCCUUGCUAGGAUAUAUAGGAAACAACACAGUUAGAUUCUUUGUUGCCUAUAGCUUACUUUGUGAAUUUUGGCUGGACAAGUGGACUUGAAUCAUGGGAUUUGGUUUGUCCGGUAUGCAUCUAUUAGGGUCAAGUAAUAAUGAUCUGGCACAUGCAGGCCCACUAAGAGGACAAAGGAACAUAGUGCGAGAAGCUGUAAUUGUCUGUCCAAAUUUCCAGAUAAUUGCUAUAUUCAUAUCACUAUGAUCUCUGAUAGGAUAGUUUCUUUGCUUCAUCUUUUUUUAACAUAUUAGGGUCAAGUAAUAAUGAUCCGGUACAUGCAGGCCCACUAAGAGGACAAUGGA